AUGUCCGCCCUCGGCCGGUAUGACCGGCACUGCGACUCCAUCAACUCGGACUAUGGAGAGUCAGCGCGAAGCUGCGGCGGCCCCGAGCAGGAGGAGCUUCACUAUAUCCCCAUCCGGGUCCUGGGACACGGGGCCUACGGGGAGGCCACCCUCUACCGGAGGACCGAGGAUGACUCGCUGGUGGUAUGGAAGGAGGUUGGCUUGGCUCGACUUUCGGAAAAGGAACGCCGCGAUGCUCUGAAUGAGAUUGUCAUUUUGUCCCUCCUCCAGCAUGAUAACAUCAUAGCGUACUAUAACCACUUCCUGGACAGCAACACACUGCUGAUCGAGCUGGAGUACUGCAAUGGUGGUAAUCUGUUUGACAAGAUCGUCCGUCAGAAGGGCCAGUUGUUCCAGGAGGAGAUGGUCAUUUGGUAUCUCUUUCAAAUCGUGUCUGCGGUAAGCUGCAUUCACCGAGCUGGGAUACUUCAUAGAGACAUUAAGACAUUAACAUCUUCCUAACCAAAGCCAACCUAAUCAAACUGGGGGGACUACGGACUGGCAAAGCAGCUGGGCUCCGAGUUCUCGAUGGCAGAAACGUGUGUGGGCACCCUGUAUUAACAUGUCCCCCGAGCUGUGCCAGGGGGUGAAGUAUAGUUUUAAGUCGGACAUCUGGGCAGUGGGAUGUGUGCUGUAUGAGCUGCUGACUCUGACAAGAACCUUUGAUGCAACGAAUCCACUGAAUCUCUGUGUGAAGAUUGUGCAAGGAAACUGGGGAGUGCAGCUGGACAACAGUGUCUACUCCCAGGAACUGAUCGAUAUAGUUCGGUCCUGUUUAGAGCAGGAACCAGAGAUGCGACCGAGUGCUGAUGAGAUCCUGGAGAGGCCUCUGCUGGGCCGGAGGAGGAGAGAAAUGGAAGAACAGGUUUCCCUGCUGAACAAGUCCAAUAAACGCUCCAGGCCAGGCACACAGUCACAGAUGCGCCGAUUGCAGUGGUGACAUCUCGAAGCAGCGAAGUGUAUGUGUGGGGAGGAGGAAAGUCCACUCCUCAGAAACUGGAUGUGUUUAAAGGAGGUUGCCGUGCGCGGCAGGUCUGUGCUGGAGAUGCUCAUUUUGCGGUGGUGACUGUGGAGAAGGAGUUGUACACCUGGGUGAACAUGCAAGGGGGAUCAAAGCUGCAUGGGCAGCUGGGACAUGGAGACCGUGCCUCUUAUAGACAACCAAAACACGUGGAAAAGCUGCAAGGCAAAUCUGUGAAACAAGUCAGCUGUGGAGGAGAUUUCACUGUGUGUAUUACAGAUGAAGGCCAAGUCUACUCUUUUGGCUCGGACUAUUAUGGCUGCCUUGGCGUGGGUCAGGCUGAGGGCUCAGAGGUUCUAGAACCCAUUUUGGUGGACUUCUUCUUGAAUGAGCCAGUUGAGCAGGUGUCCUGUGGUGACAGUCACAUCAUGGUGCUAACACGAAGCAAGUCUGUGUACUCCUGGGGCUGCGGAGAGUAUGGUCGCCUAGGCUUGGACUCAGAAGAUGACGUCUACUCUCCUCAGAAGGUGGAGGUGCAGCGAGGCCUCUGCAUUGUGAAUGUCAGCUGUGGCUCAGAUGGCAGUUUUCUCCUGACACAGUCUGGUAAAGUUCUUGCCUGCGGUUCAAAUGAACACAACAAGCUGGGACUGAACCAGUGCACGGCUGGGAUAAUUAACCAUGAGGCCUAUCAAGAGGUACCAUACACCACCUCCCUUACUCUGGCCAAGCAGCUGUCCUUCUAUAAAGUGCGUAGCAUUUCUCCAGGAAAGACGCACACUGCUGCCAUAGAUGAGCGUGGCAGGCUCUUGACGUUUGGUUCCAACAAGUGUGGCCAGCUAGGUGUUGGAGACUAUCGGAAGCAUCUGGGCAUUAACCUGCUUGGGGGACCUCUUGGAGGGAAACAGGUGAUCAGAGUGUCCUGUGGGGAUGAGUUCACCAUUGGUGCCACAGACGAUAAUCACAUAUUUGCCUGGGGAAAUGGAGGAAAUGGACGUCUAGCCAUGACUCCUAAUGAACGACCUCAAGGCUCUGACAUCUGUACCUCGUGGCCUCGUCCAAUAUUUGGCUCAUUACAUCAUGUGCCUGAGCUGUCUUGCCGUGGCUGGAACACCAUCCUCAUUGUGGAGAAAGUCCUCAACUCAAAGACUAUCCGGUCAAACAGCAGUGGCCUGUCUAUUGGAACCCUUGCCCAGAGCUGCUCAUCAGGGGGAUCUGCACAAGUCGAGGUUGACAGUGCACGAGAGUCCCUGGCUUCUGAGCCCAGUGAUGGUGGGUUCCGUGGAACCAUGGAGGCAGAGCCAGAGACCAGCCCAUUUAACACCACAGAAAAUAUGGAGAGCAGUGCUUGUCCUAGCUGGUUGCGGCAGGAGCUGGAAGAAGCGGAGUUUAUCCCAAUGCCAGAGACCCCAUCUUCUGCCAGUAUGGAGUUGUCACAGAAUAUGUCGGCAUCUCUUCCACAGCACACAGAGGCUUCUCUGCCAGCAAAGAUGUCACAGAGUACAGAGGAGGUUCUGCAGGAGCAGCGGGACCCCAGCUGUGCAUGUAGUGCUCUGCAGGAGGAGGUACAAAGACUGCAAGCUCUUGUGUCAUCCUGUAUGAGUGAACAGGAGAACCUACGUCGGGAGAACACACAGCUGACACGAAGAGUUCAGGAGCUCGAGGACAAAUUACAGGUGCUGAUGCAGCAGGGUCAGACGGUCAGCCAACAUGGAGAGGCCAUACAGACACUUCAGAGACAGGUGGCGCUUUGUGUGAAAGGAUUAUCGCCAGCGGCUGGCAGUGCUGAGACCUCCCGGGAGGAUUCGGAUGCAGAGUCAUGGUGUUUCUUGGGUGCUGACCCCUGUCGUUCUGCCUCUGGGACCCCUAUGUGA